AUGAGCCCUCGGGACUGGUGCUGUGUCACGUGGAGCGAAAUGAUGUAUACAUUGGAAUCUAGCCCUUAUCUGACAGGAGAAGUCCACUCAAACAGUGUGCAAAUGGAACGACCAGAAAACAAGAGCAAUAGCUGCACAGGUGAAGAUGAAGCCAAGAUAAUGAGAAGGAGAGAGGCCGAGGCGGAAGGAGGCCCCCUCAGCGCCAGCCCCAGGAGAGAGGCCGAGGCGGAAGGAGGCCCCCUAAGCGCCAGCCCCAGGAGAGAGGCCGAGGCGGUAGGAGGCCCCCUCAGCGCCAGCCCUAGGGGAGAGGCCGAGGCGGAAGGAGGCCCCCUAAGCGCCAGCCCCAGGAGAGAGGCCGAGGCGGAAGGAGGCCCCCUCAGCGCCAGCCCCACGAGAGAGGCCGAGGCGGAAGGAGGCCCUAGAGGAGGCUGCGAAGGGCAAGGUGUUCGCUGA